AUGAUUCCUGGCCGCCCCAUGCUCUGCUCUGUCACCACCAAUGGUGCAUUCCAAUCCUGGCCAGUUGAUAGAAAAACAUGCUCUACAGCCCCCACAGUUCUCAUCCUAAAACUGUCAAGGGAACCUUCAUCCUUGAUGGCUUGCUGCGUGAGGAAGCCUUCAAAAGGAACCCAAUUGCCGCCAGGUUUUCAAACUUUGGCGACCCUGGAGAUGAGCAAUGGAAGAAGAUCAGCCAGUGGGACACCACUGAAAAUCUUCAGUACGGAUGUAGGGUACAUCUGGUCAGCAUCGCUGGACGCUAAGAUCCCUUCCAUGGACUCCCUGCUACCAUUCUUGUCAACAGUCCUUGGAUACUUCAUCAUUGCUGGAUCUACUUUCAUCAAGCUCCCUCAGAUACUAAAGAUUUUGAAGCAUGGAAGUGUUAGAGGACUUAGUGUAGCCUCCUUUGAGCUUGAGCUCAUUGGCUACACAAUUGCUCUGGCAUAUUGUAUUCAUAAAGGACUGCCCUUUUCAGCUUAUGGAGAGCUAGCUUUUCUGCUGAUCCAAGCAAUUAUCUUGAUUGGAAUCAUUUACUAUUACUCGCCACCAAUGGGAAGCAAAACAUGGAUGAAAGCUUUGCUAUAUUGUGGCCUAGCUCCGACUGUUUUGGCUGGAAAAAUUGAUCCAGGUCUUUUUGAAAUCCUUUAUGCUUCACAGCAUGCCAUCUUCUUUUGUGCUAGAGUACCGCAGAUAUGGAAAAAUUUCACAAAUAAGAGCACUGGCGAGCUGAGCUUCCUGACUUCUUUCAUGAACUUCGCUGGUUCCCUCGUAAGAGUUUUUACCAGCAUCCAGGAGAAGACUCCGUUAAGUGUACUUAUGGGCUCUGUAAUCGGCAUCGUAACAAACGGUACGAUCUUGGGUCAGAUAGCGAUGUACCAAAAGCCCGUGCCGAAGAAAGGGAAGAAAGAAGAGUAA